UUUGAAUACCUUAGUGAUGUAGCCAACAGACACGCCACUGAUAUGGUGCACUUCAAAUAUGAAGUGACUGCCUUGAUGAAGGCUGAUCAAGGUCGCUGAAGCAUUAAGGGGUUGAUUUCAAUUACACGCUACCGUGUGGUUUGAAAUGCAUGAUUGUAGCUCUGUGUUCCUAAUCCAGAUAGCGUUACAUGCCAGCCUUCAAAGUGUUCUUUAAUUAGACUAAAACAUCCAAGAUCAGAUUUACCUUGUUUGUAUCUGUGGGAUGGUCAGUCUUCAGAGCUUUUUGAAAUUCAGAAAAUCGACGAAAAAUGUCGGUCUUGGAUGCUUGGUGAAAAUAUCAAAUCUGGUAUAUAUAUAUUUAAAUAUUUGUUAAAUGAAGACAUGUAGAUGGUGGGAUGUACGUUUGUAAUCGAAUUGACCCCCUCUUCUUCUUCAUAUCAUUCUGCAGAAAAAAUGUUUGUCUUUUAACUUUAGAGAAUUACAUUUCUAGGACAAGUUUAUUUCAUGGGAUGCUAUUUUGAGUGAAAUUUGUGGAUGUUUCGAUGUCUUCAGCAACAUUCCCAACAUGGAAAGUCGUCUUGAAGAAAUUUGUGACAAAAGGUGUAUUGGUAGUAUAUCUGUUUAUCGGUUAAAUGAAUCUAAGGCGAUCGAGUGGUUGUCGAAUAGAGUAUCUGCUGUUUAUAAGGCUUCCUACAACUGCAAGAAUCCUGUUUUAGUUUCUCAGCUUCGAUUAAUUGCUACUAGUUCGUUUUCUAAUCAGUACGAUGGAAAAAGUGAAGAUUCACGGGUUCCAGAAUUUACUUCUAGUUCCAAAGAAGCUGAAAUACUAUCAACCAAUCAAUUGUCACAUCAAACAUGUUUACAUUUAGCCUAUCAGUUAGUAGCUGAUUAUCUUUCUCCUGAUUUAUACAUUAAGCUUCAAGAAAAAAUAGGAUUAAAAACGAUUGAUUUCAAUUUGCCGGAUAUGAAUUCCUCUGAAAAUAUAGAUCCUAUUGAUGAUAAAUCUAUUCAGAAGUCAUUUAAUUCGAAAAAUUAUCAACCCAAAGAAGACUAUUCUUCAGCAUUAAAGUUAAAUGAAUCAAAGAUCAAUGAGUCAACUAUAAAGAAAGCGAAAAUUCCAAAAGGUGUACAAUCCAUUACAAAUUUCUUCAAUAAAAAAUAGUAAUUUUAUCAUUACUAUUCACUACUAUCAUUACUAUUCGAUUUCUGAAAUCAAUUUAUCAUGUAUAUGUAUUAUUUGUUAUUAUGAUGAUCUCAUGUUUAAAAAAAAAAAACACACCGAAGAAUGAAUUAGAAGAUUGUUUAUAUUUGAUGAAAGAGGAUGAUCUUUGUAAAUUGGAUGGUUUGUGUUGAG